UUCCUCCCCUUCUAUCUAUCCUCCACCUCGGCUUAUCUCCUCCCUCCCCGCACCCCACACCACCACCACCACCACCACCAUGGCCGCAGCCUCCUCGCUCUGCGCCACCGCCGCCUCGUCCCUCCUCGCGCCGGCCGGCGGCGCGGCGCAGUGCUCCUCGUCCACCGCGCUGUUCCCGGCCUCCGUGCCGCGCGCCUGCUGCUGCUACUACCCGCGGCUGCUCCUCGCGUUCCGCCGCCCCGCCGUCGCCGCCGUCGCCGACCCGCAGGGGGUCGUGCUCGAGGAGGAGCAGGGGCAGGAGGAGGAGGGCGGCGGGCAGUACGACGACGAUGACUACGAGGACGGGUACGAGGGCGGACGCGGCCCGGCGUUCACGCCCCCCACGCGCCCGCGCACCGGCAAGGCCGCGCUCCCGCUCAAGCGCGACCGCACGAGGUCGAAGAGAUUCCUGGAGAUACAGAAGCUGAGGGAGAGCAAGAAGGAGUACGAGGUGCCCACGGCCAUCUCGCUGAUGAAGCAGAUGUCCAGCGCCCGCUUUGUCGAGUCGGCCGAGGCGCACUUCCGCAUGAACCUCGACCCCAAGUACAACGACCAGCAGCUCCGCGCCACGGUGAAUUUGCCCAAGGGGACGGGCCAGUCGGUGAAGAUUGCAGUCCUCACACAAGGUGAGAAGAUAGAUCAAGCAAGAGCUGCAGGAGCUGAUAUUGUCGGUGGAGAUGACCUGAUUGAGCAAAUAAAAGGAGGUUUUAUGGAAUUUGACAAAUUGAUUGCAUCACCUGAUAUGAUGCCUAAGGUCGCCAGCUUGGGUAAGAUUCUAGGACCUAGAGGACUUAUGCCUAACCCCAAAGCUGGCACUGUUUCUCCAAACAUAACUCAGGCUAUCGAAGAGUUCAAGAAAGGUAAAGUUGAAUACAGGGUCGACAAGACUGGGAUUGUUCACAUUCCCUUUGGGAAGGCUGAUUUUCCUGAAGAAGACCUUAUUGCAAACUUCAUGGCUGUUGUUCGUUCUGUUGAAAGGAACAAACCAUCUGGUGCAAAGGGGAUAUACUGGAAAACGGCAUACUUGUGCUCAUCAAUGGGACCUUCAAUCAAAUUAAACAUCAAAGAAAUGCUUGACUAUGGCUCAGAAUCAUCAGACUAAAUGCCACUUAAAGCACCAGUUAAGAAAUCUGGUGUUUGCUACCACCUUCACAAAUUUAACCAUCCAUCCCUUGUGAUAAAUAAACCGGGUAACACGAUUGUGGGAUUGGAAGGCGCUUAGGUACAGUUUCUUCAGUUUCACCUACAUCCAACACCAGCAGCUAAACGAUGCCCAAGUCAACAAAGAGGUGAUCUUGUUGGUCGUAUGUACUUACGAGCGAAUUAUUUACGGACUUCAUAGAUGUUUUUUUUCCCUCAGAUGUUUGUUGUAUCAAUAUUUUGUCAAUAGUCAUCCUUGAGCCCA